ACAGCACCGUUACCUUCGUGGCCAUCUGACAUGAUCCACCCCGUUUCAGCCUUCUGAAAGAAUCAAACCCUACAUCUACCCUGGUUUUCCCUUUUGCCUUAUGAUGAUCCCGCCGCGGAGGGAUUCUCGCGAUGACGGCCGAGGACGAACAUGCCCCUGCCGAGACCUUCAAGACAUCCAAGCGAGACAAAUUCAAGGGAGCCCUUUCCCGGACAAAGAGCAAGUUCAAGAAAAACAAUGACAAGAGUGAAGAGACGGAGCAGGGCCUCAGUGCCGACGUGAACGAGUUUCUUGCGGCGGGCAGGACGUCAACAUCGAGUUGGAACUCCCAGAACACAACACCACAUUCUCCUGCGACACACGGGUUCUCAUCGACAGCGACAUCGCCAGACCAGCAAUCCCCCAGACCCUCGACGUCCGACUCGUCAUCCACCAUUCACAAGCCACCGAGAAAACUUGUGGUGCCACGGAUUGAUGUGUCCAAUUCUCAAAGAUGGCCUGCAGCGCAGCCAGUCCGGCAACAAGGCAGCCUGGCCGAGUCCGACUUCCUUCGACCAGAAUACCACAGUCGAAGCCAGUCAGCCUCAUCACUGUCCAAGAGAAAAGGGCGCGCGAGAGGACUCAGCGUGGCUUUUGAUGACGAUCCGCCUGUCAUCAUCGGCGAAGGAGGUGACGACGCACCGACCCCUCCCAUGGAGAUAUCCAAGGCAAAAUCAAGAGCCAGAUCAGCCUCGCCCAUGUCCACCCGUCAGCCACACGCGCCCGGGAUGCACCACAGUCCGACGGCAGCGCAUACACACUUCAGCCCAGCCCGUGGUCAUGACCCGCCAGAUGUUUUGAGGCCUAGAGGACUUCAAAGGAUCCAGACGGGCACGUCUCCUACGUCGGCUGCGAGCCGUUCUUCGGCUCUGGACAGGGAAUUUGAGAUGACGUUGCGUCUGGGAGCGGGACACAACUCACCAGAUAGUCAGGGCAGCGUUACGAAUACUCCUGAGAUCGUUUCGCCGAGGCCAGUACGCCCGAUCAAGCCGCCGCCUCCAAUCAUGGAAAUACCUCAUCCCUCCGGUCUCAGGAAGGAGGUACCGAGAAAUGAUAGGACCGAGCACCUCCGCGAAGGAGAUAUCCUGCGACUAUCCCACCAAGCCGAAGUGCAUACUCCGCGCUCUAACGAGAGGAUCACUCCUGGACAAAGGCACUAUGUUGGCUGAAAACAAUCGAUUCGCUAUUCUAUCGUGCUAUGCAAAUGAUGGAGUCUGUCAUGCAAUCGACAUUCAGACACGAUUCACGACGAGCUAUUGCUUCCAAGAGCUUUGAAGCCCUGGAUCAGGU